AACUAAACCUUAAACCCCGAGCCUGUGUCAGGGAUGCAGUCAAGGCCUCUCUGAAAUCUGAAAACAUGUCGUUGCUACUUUCUUUCCGAUUUCGCUCGGAUUACGCUCGGAUCACGUCUCGAAAUUGUCAGUGAAGUAGACAUCAGAUUAUUUAUGUGAUCCACGUGCGGACGUUUUGCGGAGCUUGGCGCAGAAGAGUACGGGACGUCUGUGUGAUAGAGAUUCGUGAGAAGGGUUCAGUUUUCUUGUCACAUGGUUCGUCUAGAUGUGCGCGAGCAAUUUUGCCCUGAAGAUUAAAUGCUUGCCUGCUGUUUAGGGGGCAACGAUGUUUCAGGUGGAGCGCUGGCUGAGAGGAGAAAGUCGGAAGCGUGGAUCUCCAUUACUAUUAGAUCGUUUGAAUGCCAGAGCUCGGGAGCGGGCUGCUCUGCUUCCGCUUAGAGAGAAAGCGGAAGGUACUUCUCCAGGUAACAGGGAGAAAGUCUCGAACAAGGAUUCUGAUCCUGCACUGAGUAGAGAUGAAAGCAAGAAGAGCCUCAGAGGUUGUGGUUGAGGAAGAAUCUAAUGCAGUGAGCGAAAUUGAACCUCAUACUAGGCGAAAAAAGCGAAAGCAACACCAGGAACACAAGGCAGAAUUGGCAACCUUGAUGGACCACGAAGCUCCUGAUUCUGCUGUAAAGAUCAAAAAGCACAAGAAGCUGAAAGUCUCGGAUACGACUGAAGAACAUGUAUUUCCUCUGGAAGCUCCUGCUUCUCCUGGAACGGAAGAACAGGAAAGGAAGGUGAACGAUACUUUAACAAGUGAAGAUAAUAUAGAGCGAGCGGAAGAGACUUCUGCAGCCGACAUCGACAGAAGUGUCCCGGAGCUGGUUGAAUUUCAAGAGUCCAAAUUGGAGAAGAAACGAAAGAAAGAAAAGAGGUUGAAGAUACGAAGAGGGGGCAAUCUGGAACCAAGUGAUGAACUGGUUAACGCAAGAGGCGUAUCUGGAGAAAUGGUGGCCCUUGGAAACAGAUCAAUGAAGAGGAGCCUAACAGUAAGUCCCUAGGGGUUCCGGAUGAGGAUGAGGAGCAUGUAAUUACAGAGAACACUGACGAGUUGAACGCACUCGGAGCGGACGAUACUUCUGAAUUUCCACAAUUGAGAGGGAUGUGGAUAGAAUCAUGGGUCGUGAUGUUAAUUUGGUUCCAGCAGAGUCGCAAGACCACGGGCCGGUGUUGCCAUGGAUGCGUGAUCCGCUUGAUAUUGAUACCUACAAGGCCACCUCCCUGAGACAAGUGCCUGGCUUGGACACCAGGUAGCCUUGCCGUCCGUCCGUUUGUAAUCAUCUUCUAUCUGCCCAGCACUUGAAGUUUGUCUCGAUGUCCAGCCGAUGAUUCUUGGUGCGUUUCGAGUUACAUUGCAGACUUCAAGAUGCUUUCGAAGGCAGGAAUACAGUCGUUGUUUCCAGUACAGAUGGCCGUGUGGCACGAGACUGUGGGCCCUGGUUUAAGCGAGCGAGACGUCUGUGUCAGCUCGCCAACAGGCAGUGGCAAAACACUAUCUUACGCAUUACCCAUCGUCCAAAAGUUAUCGUCUCGGGUGAUUCGUCUUCUUCGAGUUCUCGUAGUGCUCCAGGGAUCUAGCUGCGCAGGUGAGGUUAAAGCAGUCUUUGACACCAUCGCACCAGCAGUUGGUCUCUCAGUGGGACUAUCUGUGGGACAAACGUCAAUUGUAGCUGAAGCGGCUGAAUUGGUUCAGAUUCGUCUGCAAACCGGGAGAGAAGCCCUUAUAUUUGGUAGCACUCUUACAACAGCUUUGCAGCCAAACAACCAUUGUUUUCACUGCUUCUGUAGUGGCUACUCAUCGACUAUAUACUCUGCUAAAAUGCUACUAAGGAUUGUCAAGGUGGUUGAGUACUCAAGCUUGCAGCAUCAACAACCCCGCAGUAAAGCGUUGGCAAAAUUCCGGAAUGGCCAGGCACAAGUGCUCAUUGCCUCAGAUGCGAUGACAAGGGGUAUGGAUGUGGAAGGUGUUGCAAACGUUGUCAAUUAUGAUAUGCCUGUGUACGCAAAGACCUACGUCCAUCGUGUUGGGCGCACUGUUCGAGCCGGACAGCCCGGGAGCUCUUAUACUCUUCUUCGGAAGGAGGAGGUACGACACUUCAAACAGAUGUUGAAGAAAGUCGACAAUAGCAAGUGCCAGGAUUAUUCACUGCCGUCAUCUGUCACCGAGGAGCUUUAUGAGUCUUACACUGAAGCUCUGCAGAAACUGAAGCAGAUAACAGCAGACGAGGCAGCAUGAAUUUCACAUGGCAGUCGGACGCAGACAGAAGGGGAAAAUAAAGUUACUGGGCCGGAAGAGCUUUUCAUACGACCACGAGAUAUCACUCAGCGUUUGGAGUACGAUGAUCUACUUAUCCCUAGGCUCUGUCCAAUUGAAGAAACACUGUGUGAACAAAACAAAGAGCUGGUUGCUGAUCGGAUUCAUAUCAGUACUUUCAUUGUGCAAUCCUAGUCCAGGAUUAUAAUGAUACGGUUUCGUUUCCACUUUAAUUCACUUGUGAGUCGAGUUGCUGGGUUCCUGAGGAAGGUUCCGGGAGGUUCCCCUUCAUGUUUUCUAGUUCGC